AUGUUUCAAGCUUCACAGGAUUUAUAUCACCAAACAAAGCUCACACUACCAUCUAUACCAUCCCCGACCACGUACCUCUUCACACCAUACCCACCAAUAUAAUACCCGCUACCAAUAUAGCAAUAUGGACGGACUCGGACUCAAUGCCUCGGAGCAGCGCGAAUUCCAGGCGCGCAUGGAGCGUAAGCAGAUGAAGGAGUUCAUGAACAUGUUCUCCGGCCUCGUCGACCGCUGCUUCGACUCCUGCAUUGACGACUUCACCACCAAGUCCCUCAUCUCCCGCGAGUCCGGCUGCGUCAACCGCUGCGUGCAGAAGUUCAUGGCUGGUAGCGAGAGGAUAGGACAGCGCUUCUCGGAGCAGCAGGCGCAGAUGAUGAACGCCCCCAAAUAAGCGCCAUAUAUUGGCCCUGGGGAGGGGGGACGUGUACGAUAGAUAUGAUGUGUGUUUGUUCCGCAUAUAGAUGGGCUGGGAUGCCGAAUGGGAUGUAGGAACACGGCGGGAAUGGGAUGGGGUGCUGGGGUUUGAUGGGUUGUGAAGUAAAAGCACCCGGAGAAGUCGGGUGUCCGAUGUAGGAUAGAUCUGUUUAGAAGUAUAAAAACUCUAUUUCACGGUCUGAAGGUUCACUUGAUGAUUUUCAGUGACUAUGAGGACAGGGGACUUCAAGACGGCUACAGCAAAUCGAAUUGUACGGAU